UUAAACAUAUACAUACAUAUAUGUUAGGAAGGAACUUUUAGUAUCUCCUUCUUUUUCUAUUCUAAAGUAGAAGAAGAUUGUGGAGCAGUUGUUUUUUUGUUUGUUUAUUCUUCAAAUGGGAUUUUGAAGUAUCAGAAGAAAAAAUAAAAAUUAGGAGAGAGAAAGUUAGAGAGAGAGAGAGUGGAGGAGAAAAAUGGGAACGUGUGCAUCAAAGCCAGAAAGUUGUGUAGGAGGGAAGUUAAAGUUUUCAAAGAGGUAUAGAAAAACAAGGAGGUCAAGGUUGAAGAAGAGCUUAUCACUUAAUAAUAGUAAGCUUGUUCCUGUUGAUGAGUCUUGCUUUAAUGAUCUUCCUUCUUAUAUUAAUCCCACUUUCCGAGUUAGCCUGGAUGAGGCAUGGUUUGAUUCUCACCCGGUGUUUGAGGCUGAUUGGGAUGAUGAUUUUUACAGCAUUCAGGAAGAUUCCCUUUCUACAAUCAGCUCUGAUCACAGCACAUGUCCAUCAAACUUAUCAUCUCCAAGAUGCCAAAGUUCGCGUUAUGGAUGCUUUUCUGCUAUGUCAUCCUUUAAACAGCUUAAAGAACAAGCAGAGGUUGAAGCAUCGAAACAGAACGAUGAGUUAACAUCGUUUAGUUUCUACAGCAACCAAUUGACUCAGAGCAAUGAUCAAGAUAAAGAAGCUAAUGAUUCUCCAGUUGACUCAACACCAACAGAGUUCUCCUUUGAUUACAAUCUAAAUCUAUCUGAUAAAACCAUCCAAAGUAGCGAAAAUUCCCUGACUUUGAAACCGCAGAAUCUGUUUGACGUGAAGACAUCUUUGCUAGUUGUCAAAGUAUGCCGGCAUAGGGAUGAACAUGAAGAUGUAGGAGUUGAUGAUUCACCAGGAGUUGGAAACUAUCCAGGGGCUCCAAAUUCUUGCUUGCCGUGCCUAAGAAUGUCGAAUGUAGGAGUAGCUGAUAGGAGGAGAUCAGUCAGUCCUAGCCCUCCAGGUACCAGGAAGAAGGCAGGAUUGAAGAAGGUACUCUCCUUUCGGUGGAAGGAUGAAUUUGCUUCUCCUACUCUAGUUUCGCCGAGGGCACCACUGCAGAGACCAAUAGCAGGAUCUCAGAUACCUUACUGCCCACCAGAGAAGAAGAUGUCUGAUUGCUGGUCACCUAUUGAUCCUAGCAAUUUCAAAGUACGAGGUCAUAGUUAUCUCAGGGAUAAACGGAAAGAUUUGGCUCCAAAUCAUGCUGCUUUUUAUCCAUUUGGGGUUGAUGUCUUUCGAUCUCAUCGAAAAAUUAGUCACAUUGCUCGUUAUGUGGAGCUUCCGCCCAUCUUUUCUUCUGGAAAAAUUCCUCCUGUCCUUGUUGUGAAUAUUCAGAUACCACUGUAUCCCGCCUCAGUUUUCAACCGUGAACACGAUGGAGAAGGGAUGAACAUUGUGCUCUACUUUAGAUUAUCUGAAAGCUUUUCAAAGGACUUACCUCGUCAUUUUCAAGAAAACGUCCGGAGAUUGAUAGAGGAUGAGACAGAGACUGCAACACAGUUCAGAGAAAGACUCAAGAUUUUGGGACGUCUAGCAAACCUAGAAGACCUCAGUCUGAAUUCUGCAGAGAAGAGGCUACUCAACGCAUACAAUGAGAAACCUGUCCUGUCACGCCCUCAGCAUGAAUUCUACUCAGGGGAAAACUACUUUGAGAUAGACUUGGAUGUGCACAGAUUUAGUUAUAUUUGUAGGAAAGGUCUUGAUUCGAUUCAAAACAGAUUAAAGCAUAGUGUCUUGGAUUUCGGCCUCACCAUUCAGGGAAAUAAACCUGAGGAUUUGCCGGAGCAUUUGUUAGGUUGCAUAAGGUUAAAUGAAAUUGACUACACCAACUACCGUCACUUGGCAGUUUGAGUUAAGCACUUCAAAGCAGGUCAGAAGCUCUGAGUGAUGCUGUUUUUAUCCCAUAAGAAAAGGAAAAGACCCUUAUGUUCCUGUUUCUCCACUUAUGUUCCUGAUUCCGCCCCGCAGAGGAAGGAGGUGUGACAUAUUGAUGUUUCUAAUUUUUGUUCAGCUUCUUUUAACCUUGUUUUCGCAGUGUAAUCAUCAAGUUGUAUGUAAACUCUGACAUAGUUUUAACAAUAUAUUACAAUGGCUGGGGAAUUUCUUGCUGGUUUUAACCAAA